AUGGACAUUGAGCACCCUGAGCUGUGGGAUGAGCGCAGGGAAGACACCGAGGGGUUGGACCUGGAGGGCUUCGGGAAUUCGGUCAAAGUGUUUCGGCUUCAGAUCCCGGCAGAUGGACAGCUGUUGUUCUGGGAAUCCCACACGUGUUCACACUUUUUGUUCUCACGUCAGGCUUUCAAGGGAGCCCUGAUGAGCUCAUACUGGUGCUCGGGGAAAGGCGAUGUUAUCGAAGACUGGUGCAGGUGUGACCUCAAUGCCUUCGAUGAGAACGGACUCCCGAACUGCAGCCCUCUCCCUCCGCCUGUCCUGCGGCUCUCCCCCAGCGUGGAGCCCUCCAGCACUGUGGUGUCUCUGGAGUGGCUGGACGUGCAGCCUGCCAUUGGGACGAAGGUGUCUGACUACGUCCUGCAGCACAAGAAGGUGGAUGAGUACACGGAUACGGACCUUUACACAG